UUAAUUAGUGAAUGUCAAUAAUGAGAUAACAAUAUAAAUGUUUUAUGUGUGAAGGUCAUAUGACCGACAGGCUUUUCACUACAACAGCCUUGUUAAGGCAAGCAAGAAGACUACUCUUCAGUUACAAAAAAAAGAGAAGACUACUCUUCAGCAAGCUGUGCAAGGUAAAAGUGCUGUGUACUGGGAUUAUGAGAACGUGCCAGUCCCAUACGACUUCCCUGCGGGAAACGUUUACCAGCACAUCAUGAAGUGUUUGGAAGAUGAAGGGUGGAAUGUACCGGUUGAACAAAUGACGAUUGUUGUUGGGUACAAGUGUACACAUGUACCACAAGAGUUACAGGACAACAAGAAUGUCAUUGUCCACAGAGCCCAUGACUUUGAUAGACCACACAAAAAAAUUGAGCCGACAAAAGGAAACCAAGCCGCCGAUGAUGAAAUGCACACUCUGAUAGGAAAUUUGCGGGAGACGGCCACAGAGCCUCAUAACAUUUUGAUCUUGACGGGCGAUGGGGAUUUCAACGAAGAUAUCCAAAACCUGGAAGGAGACGGCCAUAAUGUAAUGGUUGUCCAUUCCAGAGAGUCAAUUUCAGAACGCUUUAGAGAAGAUCGGCAAAUAAGAACCUUUUUAGGUCUUGAAAGAGAAGCAGAUAAGACAGCAAAACAGAGAAGACGUGAGUGGCUCAAUGAAAAAAAGGCGGCUCGUAAAUACAAAAGUGCCCGCGAAGCUUUGAGUCCCUUGGCAGACCUGUCUUACGCCGACCAGCUUGAACAGAAGAAGGCUUCUAUCAUGCAAAAGUUGGAAAAACUGACUGGAAAUGAGCGUAAAGCUUGUCCAAAUGGAAAAUCACUUCCAGAAUUGGUCCUUCAGUCUAGAGAAAUAGGUGGCCUUUCAUGUAAGCUCGAAGGAAUUAUAGAAUCACCGCUUACGAAUGGUUACAGGAACAAGUGCGAGUUCUCAACUGGAUAUUCCGGUGAGUGGAAGUUAACUGUUGGAGUCGUGCUCGGAACUGAUAG